CGGUAAUGCACCACAAAGUUGCAACCGCUGUAAAACUCCCAACGAAGAAGAAGAAGACAAGAAACAUGGCGACCCUCAAACGGUUGCCCUUGCUGUUCCCUAGAAACCUUCCUCCGUUAAGACACCAGCGGCUUGGAGCUCACACUGAUGCUGCGGUGAAGGAGCCCGCGUACCCCCCCAUCGUGCCCUCUCUCACGGCUAAGAGUAAGUCCGCCCGGUGUCGACAGGUAGCGGAGCAGGUUCAGAAGAUCUGCGGCUCCACCGUGGAGGAGAAACUCUCCCUCAUCACUCACAUCCAGCGGAUGAAAUUCGUGGUUUAUCCUCAGACUUUUGCUCGGAACGCAGACAGGUGGUACCAGCACUUCACCAAGACCGCAUACAUCCCGGGUUUACCCGAGAAAUACACCUUCAGUCCGGAGAAGACGAGCGGAGAGGAGGAGAAGGAGGAUGGAGCUCCAGCUGCAGUACUUGAUGAUGAUGCGUUCAGGGACAUCCGGUCCUUGGUCACUCGUGUGAUUCUUCAGGAGCACUGGCACAUCAAGAAACGCAAGACUUUCCUGUACAGAGAGCAGGAGCAGCUGGUUGGACCUUUUCUGAGGAACCUGGUGACUGGACUCACCUACAGUAUGGUCCAAUACAACCCACUGCUGCAGCUCUCCAGUCUGGAUAUUGAUCCUCAGGUUAACUUUUACUGGAGGAGAGGAGACAGGAUCAUCCCAAGGGGGCACCGGAGACGCCAUCUAGAGCCAACCAGGUUCCAGAUCGAUGACAAACCGCACAGUCAGAUCAGGAUAACCCAACAACUGCCACAGUUCACCCCGCUGGAGGCCUCGUAUGCAGCUGAAGUUCCCGAGGUCAAGUACGCUCCCAACCUGAUGCCUAUGUUCAGAAGGCAGUACGACAACAACAUCUUUACAGGCGCCAAGCUACCAGACCCGGCAUGCUACGGUCACACUCAGUUCCACCUGGUGCCCGACCGGUACCACAGAGACCGGAUGGCUCGGAGGCAGCAGUCUGAUCAGGUGGAGGUCUUCCUCAGAGCCAAUGGACUCACCAGCCUCUUCGCCUGGACGGGAGCUCAGGCCAUGUACCAGGGUUUCUGGAACCACGAGGACGUCACCAGGCCCUUCGUGUCCCAGGCUGUGAUCACAGACGGCAAGUUCUUCUCCUUCUUCUGCUACCAGCUCAACACGGUGGCUCUCUCCGUGGAGACGGACGCCAACAACCCCAGGAAGAACCUCCUGUGGGGCACCGAGAGCAUGCGGCUGUACGAGAGCGUGCAGGACGGAGAGGUGGUGGGUCUGAACGACGACGUCGUCAAGCUCCUGGUUCAGUUCCUCAUGAACCAGCCGUAGACGUUCUUCAGGAGGUUCUGUGACCUCCGAGGCGUUGAAAGGAAAAUCAAGAGCCUAACAUGGCAGACAUGAGGACGUUUUGUCAGAUUGUAUAAAAUAUCAAAAAAGCAGGUUUAUAAACUGAACGAAGUACGGAAGAAUUACUGUACACACAUUACCGAGUAUUAUUAUUAUUAUUGUGCAGACAAUAUUUAUGCAACAAUUAAAUCAUGCUUUUCAACAUGA